AUGGGGGACAAAUGGCUUAACCAGUCUGUAAGAGGCCGCAAUCGCAGCAGCACCCCCAAACACCUCUCCAAGCAGCCGCGCCGCUCCUUUCCCCGGGAUUCUGGGCCCACGUGGGACCACCACACGCAGGAGCGCCGCCGCCUAGUGCGGCCGCCAUGGCGACCGGCGGCGAUGGAGGGAGCCUACGACGAGGAGGAGGAGGACGAGGAGGAUUCGUCGGAGGAGGAGGACGACGAGGAGGACGAGGGGUGCUGGGCGCACUGCUGCGGGGAGUGCGUGCGGUGGCAGCGCGUGUGCGCGGCGCUGCUGGCGUUUACGAUCAUCUCCGCGCUGCUAUACUCUCUCUUCUCCGCCGCUGAGAUUCUCCCCUCGUCGUUGAGUCUCGCAAUGUCGGCUCCGGAGCAGAAGCCGUCCAGUCAGCCAGUCAUCAGCGCGGAGCCAUCAGCAGUGGCUUCAGAAUUGCGGCAACAAGAGCCGCAAGAGUCGCCGCAGUUGGCAGCGCGGGUUCCGCAGCAGCAGCAGGUGCAGGCGCAACUGUCGUCGCAAGAGUUAGCGCAGGCGGAAGUAGCGGCCGCGGUUUCGGCGCAACAGCCAGCGCAACAAUCGGCGCAGCCGCCCCCCCAGGCGGAGAUUGUUUCCCUUCUGGACACGCGCGCUGCGCGCACCUCCGCGCGUCUAGGCGGACACGCGCUGGGGGGAUGCGGAAAGACAUUCCCGCUAGCCGCCGAGGGCGCGCCGGGCGGAGGGCAGCACCGCAAGGUGAAACUCGACGACUGCAACCCCGCCCCCGCCGCCGCUUCCGCUUCCGCCUCCGCCUCCGCCUCCGCCUCCGCCGUUUCCGCUGCGCAGAGCGCGGUCUCAGAUACGCCCGUUGACGUGGCGUUUGAUGACUCGAUAGCAGAGCACUCGGGGUGGCCGUAUCUGCUGGUGUGGGGAGCGCACGUGGGAUACACGCAGCAGCAGCAGGAGCUUCCCAAUCCGCCUCAAAUCACCCCCUCCUCCCGCUCUUCCCCUUCUUCCCCCUUAACCCCUCCCCCACCCCGUUCUCCAGCGGAGCACUCGGGGUGGCCUUACCUGCUGGUGCGGGGAGCGCACGUGGGAUACACGCGGCAGCAGGAGGCGCUGCUGCGGGCGCUGUGGGUAGCGAGGGCGACAGGGUCGGUGCUGGUGCUGCCGGCGUUUUUCAAGAGCUUUGACACGCACCCCUCGCAGGAGACAAGCCUUGAGCAGUUCUUCAACGCUCAGUACCUCAUCACACAUAUGUACUGCUCUUCAGAGGUGUGGGCAGUGCAGUCUCUCCCUGCCAGCGUGCAGGAGGUGCUACCAGUGGGCGCCAGCGCACGCAACGUGGACGCCAUUCUAGCAGCGCCGGCCUCCAAGGCUCUCAGCAUCCCCCGGGAGAUAGUGGCCGGCAGUGCUGACAUGAACAACCCCGCGCUGCUGCGCUGGCUCGAGACCGUGCGACAGGAGACCACCAAGGGCAAGGUGCGCUUACUGGUGUACGACUCGGACCUGCCACUGCCCUUGGCAUCGCCGGACCAGCAGCGCUUCAAGAAGAACGGGCUGGCAGCGCUGCGCGCCUCAGCAGACGUGAGCGCCAUCAUCACCCAGCUGCUGCACCGCUUGCGCAAGGCCUUCCAGGACCACAUUGGGGGCGACCUCUCCCAGUUCCAGUUUGCGGCUCUGCAUAUUGGAGACGAUUCUGCUGGUGCUGCCACUGCUGCUGAUGGGCUUGGGGAUGGCGGCGGCGGUUUGGCCGGUGCAGCUGGUGGGAAGAAUGGUAGCAGUUCGGAGGCUGGUGGGGAUUAUUUUGAGAGCAGGAGUGGUGGGGUUGCUGCUGCUGGUGCUGACGGGGACAGCGGGAGCGUUCUAGCGGCGAUUCGAGAGGCGCUUUUAGCCAAUGUGGAUCCUUCGCAGAUGCUGCUCUAUGUAACGGUGGGUCGAUCUAUGGAGCACAAAACGGUGCUGCAGGAGCUUCAUGGAGCGUACCACGUGGUUACAAAAGACACGCUCAUUCCCAACAUCAGCCACAGAUUCCCCUCACAUGAAAUGCAAGCGGCUUUUGAACAAGGGGUUGCCAAAGAGGCGUCGCUCUUCCUCGCUCCGUCCACAUCAGCGUUUUCGGGGUUUGUCUUCCAAUCGCGGUGCUUCACAAGACCAACAUUGGGGCAGAAGCCGCAAAGAGACACUGUGUUUUACGACCAGAGCACGAGCGUUGCCGCAUGCCAUGUGCGGCCCACGGGUUGA